AUGUCUUUCGGAAAGGUUCUUGAGCUGAACACAGGUGCGACCAUCCCCGAGAUCGGUCUCGGCACCUGGCUCUCCAAACCGAAUGAAGUCGAAAGUGCUGUCGAGAUUGCUGUCCGCAAUGGUUACCGCCAUCUUGAUCUUGCCAUGAUCUACCGGAACCAGGACGAAGUCGGACGUGCGUUGAAGAAAGUCAUACCGUCCGUUGUGACUCGCGAGAAGCUUUUUAUUACCUCGAAACUCUGGAACUGCUCGCAUCAGCAAGGACCAGCCGAGGCUGAACUUAAUGAGACGUUGAAGCAGCUUGGACUCACCUACCUCGAUCUCUAUCUUGUACACUGGCCUGUAGCAUUUGAGCCUGGAAACGGUCUUACUCCCCCACAUCCGGCCAAGGAAGGAGAGGCACAUCUGGACCUCAAGACCUCCCUUGUCGACACCUGGAGAACGAUGAUCAAGCUGAAGGAAACCGGCAAGGUCAAAGCUAUUGGUGUUUCCAACUUCACGAUCGAACACAUCAGAGGCUUGAUUGACGCUACUGGCGUCGUUCCUGCUGUUAACCAGAUCGAGGCUCACCCUGUGCUUCCUCAAGAUGACCUCGUUGCAUAUUGCAAGCAGGUUGGCGUCCACAUCACCGCUUACAGUCCGCUAGGCAACAACUUCGUUGGCAAACCUAUGCAUACCGAAAACGCUGUGGUGAAACAAGUCGCCGAGAAACUCGGUGCAACCCCUGCCCAGGUUCUCAUUGCUUGGGGCGCUUACCGGGGUUACUCUGUUAUCCCAAAGUCUGUGCAAGAGGGCCGAAUCAUCUCGAAUUUCAAGCAGGUUGCACUCAGCGAGGAAGACUACAACAAGAUUACAGCAAUUAAAGCGGGCAAGUCCGAGCGUUUCAAUAUUCCUAUUGGCUUUAAACCCAAGUGGGACAUCAACCUGUUUGAUGAGGAACUGGAAAAGACUGCUACCAACAAGGUCAAUAUUGCAUAG